UGGAAAGUAAGAUGGAGUCAUGCAUAAGGCUUACCAUAUAUGGGAUAUGAUGUGCCGUAUAUGGGCAUGAUUCACUGGUAAACGCCGUUUUUCGUGGAACACGAGGUAUAAGAUCGAUAUAAGCAAUCUACUCUGCCCUGACCGUUAUCAGUUUUUCUGAGAGACCACAGUGUACAGAGCUCAUAGAGCAGAAUUUUACUUUUCGUGUAAACCAAGAACAACCAAACAGCCAAUAUGUGUGACGAUGAUGUAGCCGCUUUAGUCGUGGAUAAUGGAUCCGGAAUGUGCAAAGCCGGUUUCGCCGGAGAUGAUGCUCCCCGUGCUGUAUUCCCAUCCAUCGUUGGCCGACCCCGUCAUCAGGGCGUCAUGGUCGGUAUGGGACAAAAAGACUCCUACGUAGGAGAUGAGGCCCAAUCCAAGAGAGGUAUCCUUACCCUCAAGUACCCCAUUGAGCACGGUAUCGUCACCAACUGGGACGAUAUGGAGAAGAUCUGGCAUCACACCUUCUACAAUGAGCUCCGUGUAGCCCCAGAAGAGCACCCAGUCCUCCUCACUGAGGCCCCACUUAACCCCAAAGCCAACAGAGAAAAGAUGACCCAAAUCAUGUUUGAAACCUUCAACGCCCCAGCCAUGUAUGUCGCCAUCCAGGCUGUCCUGUCUCUGUACGCCUCUGGACGUACCACCGGUAUUGUGUUGGACUCUGGUGAUGGUGUUACCCACACCGUACCCAUCUAUGAGGGUUACGCACUCCCCCACGCCAUCCUCCGUCUGGAUUUGGCUGGUAGAGAUCUUACUGAUUACCUUAUGAAGAUCCUCACCGAGCGUGGUUACUCAUUCACCACCACAGCCGAGAGAGAAAUCGUUCGUGACAUCAAGGAGAAGCUCUGCUAUGUCGCAUUGGACUUUGAACAGGAGAUGGCCACCGCUGCCUCCUCAAGCUCCCUCGAGAAGAGCUAUGAAUUGCCUGAUGGUCAAGUAAUCACCAUCGGAAACGAAAGAUUCAGGUGCCCAGAGGCCCUCUUCCAACCAUCCUUCUUGGGUAUGGAAUCUGCUGGUAUCCAUGAGACCACAUACAACAGCAUCAUGAAGUGUGACGUCGACAUCCGUAAGGACUUGUACGCCAACACUGUCCUUUCCGGAGGAACCACCAUGUACCCAGGUAUCGCUGAUCGUAUGCAGAAGGAAAUCACCGCCCUUGCCCCAAGCACCAUGAAGAUCAAGAUCAUCGCACCCCCAGAGCGCAAAUACUCUGUAUGGAUCGGUGGCUCCAUCUUGGCUUCUCUCUCCACCUUCCAACAGAUGUGGAUCUCCAAGCAGGAAUACGACGAAUCCGGCCCAUCCAUUGUCCACCGCAAAUGCUUCUAAGCUAUUGGACUCUGUUAUCUGUUCUAUGGUGUGUAUACUGUGGUGUGCGAUCAAAUAUGGACUCUGGCCCCGUCUUGUGGACAUGAACGAUAAAGGCUUAAUCACUUACCAAGAAGUCAGUGACUUGUCAUACCGUGGUGCAAUUUUUAUGUAACAUAAUAGAACCGGCUGUCAAGUCAUCCUGCACAUAUGUAAUAUAAUGAACAUUAGUCAAGGGUCCGAUGCACUGUUCUCAGAAAAACUGCAUGGACAUUGUUUAUAGAUCAUUUUGUACAGUAGUAGUAGUAACCUGCAAAUCUGCAAUCAAGAUAUUUUCCUAUCUUUUGUACAGUACUUCAAUUUUCGUAGUUUGAUAACAUCGACACAAACAAACAAACAUCCAACAAUACACAAAUGUUUCAGUAUUUGUAAUUAAAAGUUCCCAAGCAUUUUAGUAGGCUAGUUGCAAUAGACUACCCUGUGGGACCUGUUGUUGAUAUUUGUACAAAGAUCAAAGAACUUUGUUGUGAAAUCAACAUAGAUUCGCUCAAGUAAAUCCUCUACAAUACAAAUAAACUGUUUUUGUUAUACAUUUUUUGUAAAUAUGACUUUGGUUAAACUUUUUAUUUAUGUACAAUUACAUACAAGUAAUUUAUUGACAAAGUUAAAACAUUAAAAAUAUAAAAUAUAAACAAAAUCUUAUAUUUGCCUGUAUGUAGUUGGGACAUGGUGCUCAAUUGUUUAAACAUCAUUAAUUGAAAAGUCAUGACAUUUCAAUAAUGCAACUUAAUGAUGUUUAAUCAAUUAUGAAUGAAAUUCAAACUUACUGCAGUAGUCUAGCAGUUGUAACUUCUAUUCCUUUAUGAUCCCAAA